CAACAUUUUUUUUUAAAUCAAGCAUUUAUUUUGAAUUAAUGGUUCUCCUGUUUUGAUUUGUACUUUGGAUUCAGUCAAUCAAUUCUCCUGGCAAAUUCCAGCUCAACCUGCCAACUGUACGACAGCACCAAAGAUGAUCAUGAAAAAAAUCUUUGUUUUCGCUAUGGCAUGCACUGCAGCUUGUUUAAGCAUAUCCACAGUGUUGAAUUGUACUGGAGUCUGUUCAUUUUGUCAAGACGACAUAUUGGUUUUCAAGAGAAAGAAUGGUGAUCAUUUCAAACUGCCCAAUGUAGAUUGCAGUAGGGCCCCACCAUUCUUAGUAAUACUUGUAACAUCUCAUCCUAGCCAAUUUAAGUCCCGAAUGGCUAUCCGUGAAACAUGGGGCAAAGAAAGAGUAGUAGCUGACAAACGCAUUGUGACGUAUUUUCUCCUAGGAAACACUUCACAGCCUUUUGACCAGAUUACUGUUACUUCAGAAAGCUUACUAUAUAAAGACAUCAUCCAAAAGGAUUUUCUGGAUACAUAUUAUAAUUUAACUUUAAAGACUUUGAUGGGCCUUGAAUGGGUUCACAGAUUCUGUCCACAAUCUAGCUUUGUCAUGAAAACUGAUUCUGAUAUGUUUGUUAAUACCUAUUACUUGAUGGAACUUCUUUUGAAAAAAACCCGAAUGACCAGAUUCUUCACAGGUGUUUUAAAAAUGCAUGAUAAUCCAAUAAGGGAUCCAAAGAGUAAAUGGUGUGUGAGUAAAGAAGAAUACCCAGAGAAUAAAUACCCUCCAUUUUGUUCUGGAACUGGUUAUGUCUUGUCUACUGAUGUUGCUAGUCAGGUGUUCAUUGUUUUGGGAAAGGUUCGUUUUUUAAAACUGGAAGAUAUGUUUGUUGGACUUUGCUUGGCUGAACUCAAAAUUAAACCAGAAAUGCUUGAUUCAGAGCCAACAUUUUUUGCAGACCAGGUUGAAUUUUCUCCUUGUUGCUACAGGAAACUUGUCACAAGCCGUUAUAUCUCUUCUACUGAAAUGAUGGUGUACUGGAAUGGACUGGAGAAGUCCAUGAUUGAAGAAUGUCCAGAAGUUCCUGCAGGUCUUACAGGUGCUACUGGACUCCUGCUCUUUUCUACUGCUACAGACAGAUGAACAUGGCUACCCAUCUUGACCUUAUGUAAUUUCAUUAGAGGAAGCUGCAGCCCUGCAAAUGGAUAAGAUCAACAGCUGCCCCUAUAGUAGUAUUCUUUAUUAUGGCUCCCACUUGGCAGAAUGGCCUGCCUGAUAAGGUCACAGAAUGUAUGAAAUGAAUUUGUCCAGGAAGGCAUUUUUAUAAGGGGAAUAGGAUAGUUGUCUUUAAUGUCUGUUAAAAGUUUUAGACUGUUUUAUUGCAUUAUUAUACUGGAUCCAACAUUACUGCUGGAGAAGCAAGUUAAUGCAGCUACAAAAAACACUUUCUUCCAGUCUAGCCCCCCUACCUUGAUACAUCUGAUCUGGCCACCUGGAUCCCCAUCACAGUAACACUGAGACUAGACUACUGUAGUGCACUUUACAUUGGUCUCCCCUCAAAAAUCACUCAGAGACUGCAGCUGAUGCAGAAUUACCAUCAGGAGCUAGGUAGAACAUGCAUAUUACUCCUAUUCUGCAGUCAGUCCACUAGCUGCUCAUGCGUUAUUGGGUUCAGUUUAAGGUAUUGGCUAUCACAUACCCUUCAUGUCUUGGUCCCUCAUAUCUGCAGGACUGCCUCUUGCUCUAUGCUCUGCCAUGACAGCUUCACUCAUCUGAUCAGGGCCUUCUACAGGUGCCAACCUGCAAAUGGGCAAAAUCAACUGCCUGUACACGUGGUUUCUCUGUUGCGACCUUCACCCUAUGGGAUGGACUGCCUGCUGAGGUCAGGAGGGCUCCCACUCUCCAUGCAAAACGGAGUUGUCCAAGAGGGCUUUUCACACAAGUAAUAAGGCUGUAUUGUAUAGAAUGGUUUAGAAAGUUACUUGGUUAAAGGUUUGGGGACUGUGGUCUAUACUACUGUAAAUAGUUCGUACUGCCUCUUGCUGUAUGUAGGAUCUCACUAUGUAAUUUUUGCAGCAUUUAAUACAUCAUGUUAAUACAUAAUGCGUUGCUUCAGUUCUGUUUUCAAAUCUCUGGUUGGUUCCAGAUUUCUAUAAUACAAAUUCUAUUGCAUUAUUUACUGGAUGUCCCAUCCUGUUCAUUGUAUUGACUUACUCUGUAUUUUACUUACUCUGCUUUGAGUUCCAAUGAGAAAGGGGUACUAUAAAUAAUGCUAAUAAAAUAAAUAAGAGUCUGUGAAAAUA